UGGUUGUGUAAUAUCUAGAGUUGGAAAUGACUUUUAUAAUAUCCCGCCAUUUACACCUCCAACAUCUCCCCAAAACACAAAGUCACUUUCACUCAAAACAAACGGCUAAAUUGCCACCAUAUGAACCAGAAAACACUCAACAAAGCACUUCUCAAGAAUUCCCAGAACCCUGCAUUAGCAUGGCAGAUCUUCAAACGCAUCAUCUCCAACCCUGCUUCUUCUUCUUCUUCAUCUUCAAUCUCUCUCCACAAUUCCUUACCAAUAAUUGCCCAGAUCCUUAUUCGCGCCAAAAUGUACCCCCAACUCGAUAACCUUCAUAACCAACUUCUUCUCCUGCACAAAAAAUCAGCUACUACUCCACUCUUUUCCCUUGUUCGCAUUUUGGCAAAAUAUGACCUCAUUGACAUGGCAAUUUUGCACUUUCAGUCUACUCGGAAACAAUUUCCUCAGAAUCCGCCACCAAUUUAUAUUUACAAUGUGCUUCUCGAGUCGUCCGUUCGACAAAAUAAGCUUGAUUUGGUUCCAUUGUUGUAUAAAGACAUGUUCUUUUCUGGGGUGUCUCCAGAAAUUUAUACCUUUAAUCUUUUGAUUAGGGGGUUGUGUGAUUCGGGUCAUUUGGAGGAUGCACGGAAGGUGCUCGAUAAAAUGCCUGAAAGAGGUUGUAAGCCGAAUGAGUUUAGUUUUGGGAUUUUGAUUCGUGGGUAUUGUAGGACAGGGUUUGCAACCGAAGGGUUGGUAAUUUUGGAUGAAAUGAGGCAAACUGGUUUGGUUCCUAACAAGGUUGUGUAUAAUACAUUGAUUUCGAGCUUUUGUAAGGAGGGUAACAAUGUUGAGGCUGAGAAAUUAGUGGAAAUGAUGAGAAAGGAUGGUCUGGUCCCAGAUGUUGUCACUUUUAAUUCUAGGAUUGGAGCUCUGUGUAAGGCAGGAAAGAUGCUAGAAGCCUCUAGAAUAUUUAGGGAUAUGCAGAUAGAUGAUGCACUUGGUUUACCUAGACCUGAUAUUGUCACGUAUAACCAAAUGCUCGAGGGGUUUUGCAGGACGGGGAUGCUUGAGGAAGCUGAAGUUUUGGUUGAUACAAUGAAAAAAGGUGAUCAUUUAAUGACGUUGGAUAGUUAUAAUAUAUGGUUAAAGGGCUUGGUCUGGAAGGGCAAGCUUUUAGAGGCACAAUUAGUUCUCAAAGAGAUGAUAGAAAAAGGAAAACAGCCUAAUAUUUACUCAUAUAAUAUUGUGAUGGAUGGGUUAUGCAAAAAUAAUAUGCUAUCUGAUGCAAAAAUCACUGUCAAGUUGAUGAAAGAUGGUGGUAUACACCCUGACAUAGUAACUUAUACCUCUUUGCUUCAUGGAUACUGCAGGAGAGAAAUUGUAUCUGAAGCAAAUAAUACUCUGAAUGAGAUGAUGGGAGCAGGAUGUUUCCCAAACUUAUACUCCUGCAAUAUUUUGCUCCAUAGUUUGUGGAGUCAGGGAAAAAUAGCAGAAGCAGAGAGCUUGCUGCAAAAGAUGAAUGAGAAAGGCUAUGAGUUGGAUACUAUCACAUGUAACAUAGUGGUUCAUGGUCUCUGCAGAAGUGGAAAACUUGAUAAAGCUAUUGAAACUGUUGAUGGAAUGUGGAAACAUGGAAAGGCCGCUCUUGGUGAUCUAGAAAACAUGAAUGUUGGCUUAGUAGAAGAUGGUAGUGGUGGAAAAAAAUGCUGCCCUGACAUGGUUACAUAUUCAAUUAUAAUUAGAGAGCUAUGUGAAGCUGGAAGGCUUGAAGAUGCUAAAAAUAAGUUGAUUGAGAUGAUAGGUAAAAAUCUAUAUCCUGAUUCAAUUAUAUACAAUACUUUUAUACGUAGUUAUUGUAAAAUUGGGAAGAUUUCAUCUGCAUUUCGAGUUCUCAAGGAAAUGGAGAAAAGGGGGCUUGACAAGACUCUGCAAACUUACAAUUCACUAAUUACGGGCUUGGGGUUCAAAAAUCAAAUCUUCGAAAUGUAUGGACUUCUCAAUGAAAUGAGAGAACAAGGCAUUGCUCCUAGCAUAUGUACCUACAAUAGUAUAAUUAGUUGUCUUUGUGACACUGGCCAAACCAACGAUGCCUUGUCUCUUUUAAAUGAGAUGUUACAGAAAGGUGUAGCGCCUAACAUUCACUCUUUCAGAGUGCUAAUGAAGGCCUUUUGCAGAGAAGGUGAAUUUAGAGCUGCACAAGAGGUUUUUGAAAUUGCCCUCAGUGCGUGUGGACGUAAGGAAGCACUGUAUAGUGCUAUGUUCAAUGAGUUACUUCUUGGAGGAGAAAUUAUUGAAGCUUGUGAAUUAUUUGUAAUUGCAUUAGAUCUGUGCCUUUAUAUAGGAAACUUCAAUUACAAUGAACUGAUUGGCCGACUCUGCAACCAUGAAAAGUUGGAUGAUGCUUCUGAUAUUCUCUACAAAUUGAUUAGUAAAGAAUAUGACUUUGAUCCUGCAUCAUUCAUGCCAGUGAUUGAUGCCUUACGUAAACUAGGGAAGAAACAUGAAGCAGAUGAACUUGCCGAGAGGAUGUUGCUCAUGUCUGGCGCAGGAGGGUUUACGAAUAAAGUUUGUUUGAAUAAUCAUGCAAAGCUCAAGAAGAAAGGUGAAGGCAAAUGGAGGAAUAUAGUGCACAGGGAGGAUGGCAGUGAAAUCGCGCUAAAAUCUCUUAAACGGGUACAAAAAGGAUGGGGUCAAGGCAGCAUCUUAAAUUUGCCAACUUUAAAAACAGAAGCAAGUGAUUAUUGGGAUGAUAUAGGAUGAUUAUGGUUUAUUUGAUGCACAGUAACAUGUAAACGGGAGCUGAUUGUGUUGACACAGGUAGCCAAGGCUGCAUCGAAUUGCCAGUUUGGUAUUAAGAAGGGAGUCUCUGAAAGAUUGGCAUAAAAAAGUCCCCGACAACAUGGUGAUUACGAAAACUAAUCCUGAAUGGCCAGAUCACAAUGCUUUUGUCUCAGAAUGAGAUGACGAGAGCUGGAUAUUUCCCAAACUUACAUGCCUGCAAUAUUUGCUCCAUAAUUUGUGUUGUGAAGGAAAACUAUCAUGAUCAGAGAGCGUGGUGUAAAAGAACGAGGAGAAAGGUUAUAACUUGGUACUAUAUCAUGUUAUAACUCAUAGGUCAAAGCCCCUAACAGAUGCUAAUAAAAUAUGUUUUUCUUCCUUAUCUCUGUCCCCUUCGUUGGCCAUUCUGUUGAAGUUUCAGACUUUAAGGUAUGUAACUGGCUAACUGCUAAGAAGACUUCCCAGUUCGUCGAAGAGAUGCAGGAACAUGAAAAUUUUCACUUGCCCUAGUAGUUGGGCAAGUAGACUCUUUUUGAGUUUUCUAUGAAAGUUAAAAUGGAAGUUUUAUUAUGUUCCUGUAUUUACGACUUUAAAGGUGAUGCUAAGAAGACUUCCCAGUUCGUCGAAGAUAUGCAGGAACAUGAUAUUUUUCACUUUCCCUAGUAGUUGAGCAAGUCUUAUUUUUUUUGUACCCCCUUACAGAAACCCAAUGAUAAGCAAAAUUUUCCUCUGGGUUGUACACUCGCCCAAAUACCCAACAAGCACCCCCUGCACCACACACAUACAUUGAAAUUAUGCUUCCACGAAGAUUUAAACCUUGGUCUCCCAUGUAAGAGAUAAGAAGCGAUACCAUUGGACCUAAGGGUCCUUGGUAAAAUGCAAGUCUUAUUAUGUUUGUGUAUUUAUGACUUUAAAGGUGAUACUUCAUCAUUUACGAGUCCAUUGAUUCAAAGCAAAACCUUAUGAUUUUGUACCUUUGACAAAUUAUCCAAAGUUUAGAUUGCUCUUUUCA